AUGCUGCGCUCCUCAAUUGCUCCGAGUCGACAGCUGCUGUCGUCCCCGAUUCGCCAACGGAUUCCUGCGCAAUGGCUAUCCAAGGCCGGUGUUUCCAGCCGGCUCACUGGCCAGCAGCGGUUUUUUGCGGAUUCCAAACCUCCUACUGACGGCCCGACCCCUGCAACCCCUUCCCAAUCUACUAUCCCCCACGAGGCCGUCAAGCCCACGGAACAAGGUUCCAAGACUAUUCCGUCAUCUCCUGCAGUCACGCCACGAAAGACUGGUCGCUUCCGUCGAUUCUUGCUUUAUCUGAUUCUGACAUCCGGUAUCGCUUACGGAGGCAGUAUCUUCCUGGCCCUCAAGUCCGACAACUUCCACGACUUCUUCACCGAAUAUAUUCCGUACGGCGAAGAAUGUGUUCUUUACUUCGAGGAACGCGACUUCUACCGUCGAUUCCCCAAUGCUUCGAGGCACUCGAACCGUCUUCAGCCUGUUCCUCGCGAGGAGGGCAAGUCCGUCACAAUCCCCAGCAAGAGCGGUCUAUCUUGGACAGUUUCAAAGGAAGAGACGGGGAGCGAUGUUUCCAAGAGCGGAUCUCACAUGAGCGCGAAGGCUCACGAGGGUGAAAUUAAGACCGAGAAGGCUACUCCGGAUGACCGCAAUGCGGCCGUGCUAAAGGCCAAGGAAGAAAAGGCUUCCAAGUCGGCCAAGAAGGAAACAGAGUCACCCACUAAGGAGGAAACUAAGGCUGUUUCCCUUGAUGAGCCCCGAAAACCUGCCGUCACCGCCGCAAACACCAUUGAGCUUCUGAAUAUCAAGGAGGGUGAUGACAGUGUCGUGCAAGAGCUAGUUAAGACCUUCAACGACAUUGUCACUGUAAUUAGUGCCGAUGAGAACUCUGGCAAGUACUCUGGACCGGUUACUAAGGCCAAGGACGAGCUGCAGAAGAUCGGAGAGAAGAUCUCUGCCAUUCGCGACGAAGCGAAGAAGGCCGCCCAGGAAGAGAUCAACAAGGCCCACGCUACCUUUGACGAGUCAGCGAAGGAGUUGAUUCGCCGCUUUGAGGAGAUGCGUAACACAGAAAUCGCUCAUUUCCGUGAGGAGUUUGAGGCUGAGCGUGAGAAGCUCUCUAUGGCGUACCAGGACAAGCUGCAGACUGAGCUUCUCCGGGCUCAGCAGCUUUCUGAGCAACGCCUUAAGAAUGAGCUUGUGGAGCAGGCCAUCGAGCUCAACCGGAAAUACGUCCAUGAAGUAAAGGACUUGGUCGAGCGCGAGCGUGAAGGCCGCCUGAGCAAGCUGAACGAGCUCACUGCCAAUAUCACCGAGCUUGAGAGCCUGACCACCGGCUGGAGCAAUGUUAUCGACACCAACCUGAAGACCCAGCAGCUUCAGGUUGCUGUGGAUGCGGUCCGCUCUGUCGUUGAGCGUGCUGAGACCUCCCGGCCUUUCGUCCGUGAGCUCAUUGCCGUCAAGGAACUUGCCGCUGAUGACCCUGUGGUUGAUGCCGCUAUUGCCUCAAUCAACCCGACCGCCUACCAGCGUGGUAUUCCCUCUAAAACUCAGAUCAUCGAGCGCUUCCGCCGUGUCGCGAGCGAGGUUCGCAAGGCUAGCCUUCUCCCUGAGGAUGCCGGUAUUGCCAGCCACGCUGCCAGUCUCGUUUUGAGCAAAGUCAUGUUCAAGAGGGACGGUCUUGCCGACGGUGAUGACGUGGAAAGCAUUCUCCUCCGCACAGAGAACUUACUUGAAGAGGGUAAUGUGGAUGCGGCUGCUCGUGAGAUGAACACCCUCCAGGGCUGGGCAAAGAUUCUGAGCAAGGAUUGGUUGGCCGAUGUUCGCAGGGUUCUUGAAGUCAAGCAGGCUCUCGAGGUUAUGGAGACUGAGGCUCGGCUUCAGUGCUUGCGGGUGGAGUAA